AUGGAGAGCUCUGAAACAGCCCGGCCGCUGCUGCAGCGCCCAGAUAGUUCUGGCAUUGAUGUUUUAGAUUUCUCUUUUAGCAAGCCCGCCUCACACAAGCCCUCGUACUCGCGAAACCUGACCAAGCAACCUACCAUCCCCCAUCCUGCAAUUGAGAAUGCCCAAUCUUCAAGAGAACCAAUGGGAGAGGGGGCAGGUCGCAACCAUCAAGUGAUCAGGUCAGACACCCCUCUCAAUCCUCGCAGCCUUGGGAAAGAAGGAAUUCCCAAGGAACCAAUCCCCGCGAGACAACAUUUGCUUUCUCAGCCACCAAGGCGACUAUCCGCAGCAGCUGAACCAAAUAAAGACAGCGGCAAUCGGCCGACGACUGGAGAUCUAGGGCAACAGAGUUUCGGACAAGAACAGGCGGUGAUUGCCUCACUGCCGAACGAGCCCACCGGGGCUGAUGGCCCCAGAGAGACUAUCAGCCCUACAGGAAGGGCCGUUGACCCGAGUCAAGAGCGUGUUAUUGACAUUGAAAAGACGGAUGAGGUUAACUCUGCCUUACCCGAGUCAACUCAGGUGCAACAUCAUCACAGUGAGAGGCAAGAGAUUCUGGAGAACCCAUGCUCUCGUGUGCCUCUCAAGCCUGUACACAAUCAGCUUCAAGCGUCGAAGCGACGCCGUGCCUCUGAGAAGGACGCAUCUUCGAAGCAGCAGGCACCUCUCGCUGGUGGCAAGGACGGCGUUCAGCUCAAUGAGGAUGAUCUAUUCGAGCUUCUCAUCACAAAGAUGAGACAGCGAGAGGAAAGUGAGCAAGCGGCCGCAGUUGUCCAACGGCAACUCACGAAUGAGAACAUAGCCUUGAAGGAAGAGAAUCUUAAUCUGCAAGACCGGCUCAAAAAAUGCCAAGCACAGCUCGCCAAAACAUCAUCCGAGUCAAGAUCUCAGCGCGCACAAAUAGAUAAGUGGAAGGCGAAACUUGGCACAUUCAAAGGUGUCCUCAACGAGCUGGGUCGUGAGUAUGGCGCAGUCCGGGAGCAAGCCAAAGAGUUGAAAGAAGCGAGUAUGUCUCUUGAUAAAGAGAAAAGCGAGAUCCAGCACAGUUUGGACAAUAUCAAGUUGAGAGUUUCGAAUAGUGCAGAAACAAUUCGAGACCAGCGCGAGAGGCUUUCAAUUUCCGAUGGAAUGGUUGCCAGCUUGAGAGAAGCCUUGGACGAUUCAGAGAAAAGAGCCGACGUAAUCAAGACCCAGCUAUCCAACGAGAAAAAGCGCAUCACGACUUUAGAAGCCUACAUCCAAAAUGAGUGUCAGAGCCAGUCACGAUACUUAGCCCUUGUCAGAAACGACCAGCGCAAGAUGGCUGAAAAACUUGACUCUGCCUGCGAGCUGUUCACCACAUCUUUCUUCAAGUCCCAGGAUAAUAUCCUGUCAAAACUGAGUCCGGCGCUUGAACAUUGUCUCACUUCAGUUCAGGGGUUGGAAGAACAGUGCUCUGCCGAGACUAUGAAUGUCCAAGGCUUCACCAAUAGCGUUCAUGAGGCAACAUCUCGUUUCAGCUCCUUGGCUGGGCAGGUUACAAGCGACGUCGACCGAAGCACAGAAAUGAGCAAAAAUGUGUUCCAAGCCCUCCAAGAAGCCCUUCAAGCGCUUGAAGGCAACCUCGGUCCGCAUUCGUCAAUUUUCAAGCAGCUUGCUAAUAGUGAGAGUUGCUAUGGGAAUCUGCAACAGCAGCUUCAGAUCGUUGAGCCAAUGCUCGACACUCUCGGUGGUUCUAUCAAGGCUGUGGGAAUAACAGAGGCGGAUCUUGUUCGGGGGUUAGAAACCUUCGGUCAGAAGCUCUCCGAAGCUCGAAUCCCAGCAGGAAACCCUGUUCUAGAGCAGGAGGUUUCCAACAAAUUCGCUGAAAAUACGCAGUUACAACUUCAACUGCAAGAGGUCUCGAUUGAGGUUGAGUCACUUCGAAAACAACUUGCCAACAAAUCAUCUGAGAACCAACAUCUUCAGCAUGCUUUGACUGAGACUGUUUCUAACGAACAAGCAUCUAAGAGUCAAAAUUCUCGGCUGGAAAUUGAGAAGACAGCCUUGCGGGGUGAGCUUCAAUUGCUCGAGCAAAGAGUCCGAGAAGAGUUGGGCGCCGCAAACAUCAAAUUGCAGGAUCAGAUGAAAGCUAAAUUUGAAGAACAAGUCCAAGGUCUUGAGACAGAAAAGGCGAAGCUGGAAACAGACAUCAACAACCUCCAGGAGCAGCUUGCAAAUGUCCGAAGCUCUUUGACCGAAACCGAAAGGACAGCCGAGGACGAGCGACUGGAAAGAGCCUCUAUGGAAUCACAGAAACUAAUCGAGGAGCUGGAUAUGGCUUGCUCAAGAUACAACACAGAGGCCAAAGCUUUUGAGGCUGAAUCAAACUUAUUGAAAAGCUCUGAAGCUGGUCUCUUGGCGGAAAAGGAGAGGCUCCUUGAACAGCUUGAACAAGCAAAAGGGAAUGCCAGGGAUCUUGAAGCCAACCUAGGGCUGAAGACCGAGUCUGUAGCGCUGAAAGAGAAAGCAAUACAGGAAGCGAAAAAGAGGACCGCGGAGCUAGAGUUGGAGACAGCCCAGAAGACUGAAGAGCUUGCAGAAACGAAAGAAAACCUCGCCAUGCUCAAAUCACGCUCAUCGGCUUUGGAGAAAGUAGGGGAGGAAGCUGAUGCUGAAAUAAUUUCACUCCUCCGCCGGGCCCAAGAGGCUGAAAGCUGGCAAGCGACCAUAAGAGAAGGGUUUGCGAAGGUGAUCGAGGUGUACCCUGACGAGCCUUUCGAGCAAACAUGGCAGAAACUGGAAGACAUCAUUCAGUCCUCGCUUGCUCAGCCGUCCAUGACUGGCGAUACGUCUUGCACCAAGCCUCGCGGCACAGGGAAUAUGGAGGCGACUAAAUGCAGCAAUCUUUUGGAGCCAACAGAGGGAAAACAUGGUAAUCUCUUCGAGACCAAUGAGUCAAACAAGGGGGCUCUCAAGACUGCGGGAAACAUACAGACGGAGGGACCUCUAGCACCAAAGAUUUGUAGCCCCCCGAAGGCUUUCAAACAUGGUGAUUGUGUUGACGCUCUACCGAGAUUCACUGCUAGUCACGGUCAUAUCGUUCCGUUCUCAACUCUCCAUGACAGACUUUCACGGGAAAAUAGUCUGCCACUUUUCAAUGAUCCAGCUGAGCUCGAAAUGCUCUUCAUGUCAACUCCGGAUCUCCCGUUGGCGCCAGAUGAUGCUUCCAAAAAAGCCCAAGGACACCAAAGGCCUCCAGUUGAGCCUCUGGAAAUGAGUCGAGACCUCAAUGAACCUAAGCCUGCUCUCAGGAUGCAACGUGGCAGCGCCGAUGACAGCAAAAGCGAAAGGCCGCAGACGGCUCUUGAAAGGAUGGACAGUUCGUUUGUCGACAAAUCCGCAGAGAAUGAACAAUUUGACACCAAGCGUAAAGUAGUCAGCUUCGAGGGAGCGCGUGUUAUCACCCGAACAGAGCUUGGCAGAACUCGACGAGUGUCAGACGCAACCGACAACAGCUCUGGAAGAGAGUCCGAAAGUAAAGGAGUAAAGAGAACGCAACAACGGACUUACAGCCGUCUUCGCCAGUCUGUGGCACAGGAGGAAACUUCAAUUGAGACGACUACAGACAUGCAGCCUACCAACAAAGCUUUGCUGAGAAAGUCUCAGCAUGGCAAAAUGGACAAGACUGAGCACUCUUCAAACCCGAACCCAAGGCCACUGAAGAGACCACGAAACACAGCCGAUGGCCCGGAGCGACGACUGAGUCCGAAGGGUUUGGCUUCAGGUAGCAGCAGGGGAAACACAGCCGGCCAAGCUAGCACUAUGCGAGGCCGAGGUAGGCGCCGCACUCGAGGUAAGAUGUCUGAUGCUUUCUUAACGUAG